AUGAAGAGGUUGUCUAGAAACUUUUUUUGGUCACUAGAAAGCUUGAAAAUCUAGUUAAAGACACGAUUUUUUGGUUUUUUUUUUCACUUCUGAUCAAUUUCCUGAUGACAAAGAAAGCACGGAGAGGAUCAAAACUGGGUUUUGGUCCCUUUGAAGGUGUAAAAAUAUUAAAAGAGCGUCUGCUGGAGGUGAAGAAAAGACGACGUCUCCGCGGAGAUCGAUGCGCAGCCGCGGCCCAAGCUGCUCGCCUGGGACCUCCGCUCUCUCGACCAGGCAGAAGCUGGCCUGGAGCCUCUUCUCCCUCUCCCUUGCAAUUUCUUUAUCGGCUCCCACUCGCGUUGCCGAAUCAAGAUUAAUCGUAGAACCGGUCUCUACUGGCUCCGGGACCAAACAGUCCAAGACACUCUAGGCGUCACUUCUAUCAAAUCACUCAUCAACGUCCACUCGACCCCUCAAACUUGA